CGGUGUCGAUCGCGUUUCCCUAACCCACAAGCGUCGUGGGAUUAUCAGUUACGUUCUUUUAUUCGCACCAGGCUGGCCCUGGUUUAACGAAUCCCUUUCGUUCACAACCCCCCGCAUGAACACACCGGGGGCGGUACGGAGUACCCAGUACGAGAUGCCCAGUGUUUGAGACCACGCCGCUGCUGUCUUAAUCAGAAGAUCACUCGUCUGUACCUUGAUACUCUGGUCCGCUUGGCCGUCUGAAACCCCUCUUUGUGGUGAUCUGGCCGGAGGUCAAAAUGUCUCUCCUUCAUAACGAAGAUUUCGCCAUAUGGCAGCUACGCACCUCAUAUCUAUCUACGAUUAAGGACGGGAUCGGUGACCGGCUCAUCAACGUCAACAACUCGGUGCUCAACACUCCUGGUUUCCGCGCGGCUGGCUGGUCGUCUGGCUAUCCGAAUGCCGGCGCCCAAAGUGUCGCCUCCCAGAUCAAGCGUACAUACUCCCCGCCAAUCCCCUCAGCCGCGACGGUUUCCUCGGAGUAUUACCGCCUGAGCAACAAUAAGGGUCCCAAUGGCGCGACGAACAACGCGGGAGGGUUUGCUUUGGUGGACAAUGGAGAAGAGGAAGAAGGGGGCAUGGUCACUGGUCGACGCAGUAUAGACAUAGUUGGGCCUCGGCAUCACCCCCGGGGCGGAAAGAAAGGCCGUAGAAGGGAUCGACAGCAGCCGGAGCAGCUCAGACCGGCGGAUGCAGAAGAGGAUGAUAGCAGCGAUCUCAGUGAUGAAAGUGACGACGAGGGCGAUACGCCUCAAAGGGCUGCCCAGCAGAUCAAAUUUUCGAAAAUGCCUAUACGGAUACGCGCAGGUUCCUCUCCGAUACGCACUGCAGACCGCCGAGAGAGGCCGGAGGUCAUGGUGACCUCUCCCUCGCAUCUGUCUGUAGGCAAUCAUUACCGUACGGGCUCUUUGGGGACAGCUGUCAGCGUCCCUGAGCGUCCGCGGCGAGAUACAACCACAAGUAGCGACAUUUCAUCCGAGAACGAGACAGAGCUCUCUCUCAAGGAGCGCCAGAUCCAAUUUUCCGAGCAAAAUCAGGUGAUCCAGCCCUUAUCGUUGAAGAAGAAGCGUGAGCGCGCUGCCAGCAGAGACGAGGUUGAAGGUCUUGCGCUUAGCGAUCUGAACGAACAAGCCGAAGACUCUGGAGCCGAGUCGGUUGGCUCUGCGAUGUCCUCUGACUUUGGUGCGACGGCAGGCUCAGCAUCACUGCUCGAGGCUGUGGGUAUCACCGGUCUGGAUUCUUCCUCCCCCCUUGCCCUGAUGCAAAAGCUUCAGAAUGCAACCGGAUCUCAGACCACUUCGCCGAGAAAGCCCAAGGCUCCGGCUCCAGAACUGCAAGAUCUACCUCCCCCUCGCCCGAUCAGCACGGUCCAGCCUAUCAGUCUACUCUCGCUAGAGUUGAAUGCGCGCAAGAAAGCGCCAGCUAACCAUGUCGAGCAAUUUGCAAUCCUCUCUGGCAAGGGCUCCACGGAUGUCUUGAACAUUAAGAUAUACGCGCCCUUUUCCAGCAACCCCGAGGAUCCUUUUGAAAUGCCACUCGCUCGAGAGUCGAAGCUUGCCGAUCAGCCAGCACCGGUUACGGUUACUGAAGCUAUUGGGCUGGCCCUCUGGCAAUACGACGACGAAGGCCUUGAACCACCCAUUGACCCCAGCAAGCUGGCUGUGAACCGGUGGACGCUCCGCAUGGUGGAGGACGGCGAGGUGGAGUAUGAUUUCCCUGCUUUGGGACGUACCUUACCCAUAGCCGAUUUUACAUCUAACAACAACCGGGCGGCGGCCUCGCGAGGCCGGUCACGGGGCAAGCCGUACGAUGAAUUUGCCCUGGUGGAAGCAUCCCAGAGCGAGUUCGAGGAGAAUGAGCGCCAGUUUCCGAAAUUCAGCGUAGCCUCUGCCGCCCCUGAGGGGGGCGGAACCAGUGAGCGGCCGCCAGCCCUAUCGAUCCCCGUGACGCAGCCCGGGAUGUCACAGACCAAAAGCCCAACCAGCCGUCAGAACCCCAUCCUAGGCCAGCCCUUCUCGUCAGCCUUGAAUGACAACACCUUGACCCCUGCGGACCGGCCGGCGGUGCCGACUUCGCAUGCCACACCACGCAUGGGGGUUUCGAAAACCCUCAAGAUCCGCUUCAUCAACCUGGAGGCGUCGACGCAUGUGAUGACCAUCAACACGUCUACGGAUAGCUACAUCGCCGAGAUCCUUGACACGGUUUGCAAACGAUGGGGGCUCGACAAGGGGAACUAUCUACUGAAGGUGAUGGGAUCCAACACCAUUGCUCCAUUGGACCGCACCGUCGAGGCGUUGGGCAAUAUCACCGACCUGGACCUGGUACGGCGGCGAUUUGGGGCGGGCCCGUUAACGAUGAUGGGCUCCCCCGGGAGCUCAUCGCCGAACGCGCCGCUGAUGGUGGACAACUCGAGCACGGCGCCAGUCAAGAAGGGCAAGAAGAGCGGGCAGCGCAUGCUGCACCCACUGGCGCAGAAGCAAGAUCUGAUCGGCGGGUAUUACCGGCGGUACCAUGUAUUCCGCAAGCAACCCAUGUCCUUUACGGCAUCGAACCAUCGCAUCCUGACCUUUGACAACGACUACUUGCACAUCAUGCCCGGCGACACGGGCAAGACGGUGUCGGACACCAAGACGCGGUCGAUCAGCUUCAAUGACGUGGUGGGUUGCAAGGUCAGCCGGCGCCAUCCGAAGAGUUUCCGGGUGGUCGUGCUACGCGGCAACGACGCGACGGAGCAGAAGCGGUACGAUUUUGAGGCGCGCAACGCUCUAGAAGCGGUGGAGAUUGUUGACGAGAUCAAGAAGAACAUGGCUCAAUACCGAAUAUAACUUUUUCCCUUUCGCCGUUGGAAUGGAACUCUAGUUUGAAUUAGGCUAAUUGGAUUUUUCUUUUUUCUCCCUCCCAUCUCUCUUCCUCUGUCCGCGUGGAACUGUGAAUGAAUGAGUCUCUCGCUACCAGCGGAUCUGAAGCUAAAGAUAGUCGCUCGUACUAUGUAGUAUGACCAGCUCUUCCAAGAAAACAAAACAAAACAAAAAAACAGUCAAAAUUCAGUUUCGAUGCGAUGAAAUAUGGAAUAUCAAUAGAUAGACAAGGAGAUCGAUCGAUCCAUUUGACUGAGAGUUUGAUGAUGACAUGACGACUUUCAGUCCCAGAGACUCUCCGUGUCCACAGCUGUCGGCGUAGGUCGGCGAUGAAGUCAUCGAGCUUGUAUUUACUUUGUUAUUUCUUGCUAUUAUCUUU